AGGAGAACUGGGUAGGAGCGCACCCAAAAUGGCGGCAGUUCGGUUGUUGUUCUUGUUAGUGACCUUGUUCUUUUAUUUUGGGUGUUUAGUCUGCGAUCAGUCCCUUCGAGACGAGGACGAAAUCAUUCAUAAUGUUGCUCUUAAUGCAAGACGUGACGUAAGUAGACGAAACGUUGAGAAUUCGCUACGGAUCUCCCUUGUCUACUUGGAGCUUGAACCUUUGCGACUCCACGUGAGUGUCGUAAAGAAAGUUCUAAGCGAAGCAAUUCAAUACUUUCACGACACUUUCCGAGUAAGACAGACAGUGGAAAGGAUAAUUUUAGAUCGCAGAUGUUUGAAUGAUUCUUAUUUUCUUAAAAAUGCGACGGGCGAUGGACCUGGCAAAGUACGAUUUUGUAAAGUCGCAUGUGACGCUUCUAAGCCUUUAUGCGGGCCAAGAAAUGUCCCGCGAAGUGAUGUGGCUGCAUGCCGAGUUUGUAACGAGCAUGGAGAAGACUGUCAUGCGGAGAACAACUCGAGCUCUGGGGUAGGAAAAAACGAUACUGACUUUGUUCUGUAUGUCACGGCAUCGAUGGAAAAGUGUGAAAAGCGCGAAACUUUGGCAUAUGCCGCAGUGUGUCAACAGGAGGGAAAUGUCGACAGACCAGUGGCCGGGUUCCUCAACAUUUGUCCAGAUAAGAUGAAUGUAUCGAAUGACCAAAAGGAGUUGCUGGCAACUUUCAAGCAUGAAAUCUUUCAUGCACUUGGCUUUUCUCCAUCACUCUAUGCUUUCUUCCGAUAUGACAAUGGUACUGCCAUCACACCUAGAAGUGACACAGGGAUGCCACCAUACGACCUUGCACUGGGACGAUACACAUGGAGUGACAGGACUAUAAAAACCAUUGAACGGAAGGACUGGAUGAUUAGAACUGACAAGGGAAAUAAUGGCAUGGUGUCUCAUACGGUACAGUUAAUGGUAACACCCAGAGUCCAACAAGAGGUCCAGGAUCAUUUCAAUUGCUCGUCCUUGGAGGGAGCGGAGUUAGAGAAUCAAGGGGGGCCUGGUACUGAGCUUGCUCACUGGGAAAAAAGGGUGUUUGAGAAUGAGGGAAUGACCGGUGCUUUCACUCAGAAUGCAGUUUUUUCUCGAGUCACUUUAGCCCUCAUGGAAGAUACUGGUUGGUACAGGUCGAACUUCAAGAUGGCUGAGACUUUAAGAUGGGGUAAAAACCUGGGUUGUUUAUUUGUAAAUAAUAGCUGCAAAGCUUGGUUGACUCAACAACAAAGAUUAAAGGAAAAAGCAUAUCCAUUCUGUCAAACUUUGAAGAAUUCAACAGAAGCCCAGCGAACAUAUUGUUCAAAUGAUAAGACUUCUGUAGCAAUGUGCAAUCUUGCCCAAUACACGCAACCAUUACCUGUAGAAUACCAAUACUUUGAAUCACUUGCUGGAAUUAACAACCCUGGUCUGUAUGGUGGAUCAGUGGAUUUGGCUGAUUUCUGCCCGUAUUACCAGGGAUUUGUCUGGACGUCCAAGGGAGCUGGAUUACGGGGGUCUUAUUGUCUGUCAUCUAGUAACCAAAAGACAGAAGAGAAGAAUUACGGGUUGGAGUAUUAUGGUAGCGAUGCAAAGUGUUUCCUUCAAGGACAAGUCUGGGAAAAGUCUAAGUGUGCAGUACGCUGGAUCUCUGUCGAUUGGGGAAGUGGAUGCUAUAAGUAUCGUUGUGAUCAAGAUGGGCUAAAAAUAAUAAUUGGAGGUCUGACCUACCAAUGUUAUCAUCCGGGGCAAGUAUUAUCUAUUGAAAUGCAGAGUUCCGAUGGCUGGCUGCAUAAAGGUUCUAUUGUUUGCCCAUCAUGCCAGGACAUUUGCUAUGACAGUCCAGGUAUUUGCCCUCCAGUUGUUGUCCCAGCACCCCCAGGCACCCAACCGCAACCCAAAAUACAACCAGUUGCCUGUCAUGCUGUUUCAAUUGGUUCUGCUUUUAUUAUCACUUUAACAACACAAGUAGUUGUCCAUAUUCUCAUCAAAUAGGUAGUUUUUAUAUUUAUUUCUUACUUAUUUAUUUAGGUCAGUCAUCCAGUUUCUCCACCCUGUUGUGGUGGAGAAAUCCUUUGUAGAUAACACAAUUUUAUGUGUUUAUUUAUUUUGCUUUGUCUUAAACAGCAAAGGACGGGAAGCCAUGGCCAAUAACAAUAAUUCCCUUACACUAAAAACAUAUCAAACAUAUAGAAAUAUUAAGAAAAGCAUGCUGGCUCAUGGACGAAACCACAUGCAUCAUUACAUUUGGGAUUUACAGACUCCCAGGUAGUGGGAUCAUCCUGAUUAAAAACAGUACUAAAAGCAUUCAUUUAUUUCUUGUAUAACAUACGUUUCAGAGUUCAAGGGAAAAUUAUCAAGUCUCAAAUUUUGCAGAAAAGCAUUCAAAGUGUGGGUAGCAUGCAAGGGCAGUAGGAACAGUAUUUGUUGGGCUAAACCAUGGCUAAAAUGUGUCCGGCCACGGGGAAGAAGCCACAUUACGCAAUGGAACUUGAGCUGGUUUUCUUAUCAAACACGGAGAGCUUGUUGCAAAAUCCUGUAAAAUACUAUUUAGUAAGACACUGUAAUGUCUUUAUCUUUUCUUCUGGCUUGACUCAUACACUUUAACAAUUACAUUUUGUUUCAAGGGAUUUUGAAAAUCAAUAUCAGAAUUUAGCCUAACACUGUUUCCACUAACCUUGUAGCACAUACAUAAAAAGAACAUUUGAUAGGUUACAGCAUUUCAUUUGUAUGUAGCUGAAUAAAGAUCUAGUGGACCUAUUAAAACACUUGUUUGGAAAAGCA